UCCUGGCCUUUCUAGGAACGCAGCUCAGUGCCUUUUAACCCUUGGUGUGCCGAGCGCAGCUGAAUCUGCCCUCUCUUCUCUCCGCGUUAUCCCGAUCUUAAGCAGGAAGAACCCAACUCAAAGAUGCUUAACUUGGGGCGCGGGGGGGGAACCCCCUUGCCCUUCCGAGCUGCUCUGCGCCUCGGCUAGAAAAAACGAGGAGCAGGAAAGCCCACCCUAGAAUGAACAGCUGUUGAAAAAAGGAUCUGGUCCCGUUUCUGGCCAAAGGGAGAGAAUAGUUCACAGCGCCGGCGGGGGGGGGGAGACACCUCUCUGGGGGGCUCGCCUGGUUCCCCCUGGACGGGAGAGAGAGAGCGAGAGAGAGAGCGGGUGCCCUUGGUUCGCCAAGGGUUAAAGGGAACGGAGCUACAAGGGAGGGGUCCUCAGAGCAGAAGCCCCCCCCCCGCUCUUGUCUCUGCUCUGCCAAGGAUGCGCAACCCGGAUUGGUGAGCACCUCUAAAUCAGACAGACAGACAGAACGUGGCAGAAGAUUCCUUCUGAUUCCUUCUGAUCUCUUGGAGGCUUCCUGAGAGCACAGAUGGAUCAGCAAGACUCAGCUGGUCCUGAAGCGGGAAGAGACCGUGAUAUGCAAACUGGGAGAAGUGGGGGAUUCUGGGGAAACACCAUGCAAAGGAUCCUGGGUGAGGAGGACACUCUCUGCUCCGAUGUGCAGAGCCAGCCGGUCAGGCAGUUCUGCUGCCAGGAGGCUGAAGGACCCCGAGAGGUUUGCAGCCGACUCUACUGCCUGGCCCAUCAAUGGCUGAAGCCAGAAAAGCACACGAAAGCUGAGGUGCUGGACCUGGUGAUCUUGGAGCAGUUCCUGGCUGUCCUUCCUCCGGAGAUGGAGAGCUGGGUGAGGGAAUGCGGAGCGGAGACCAGUUCCCAGGCGGUGGCCCUGGCCGAAGGAUUCCUCCUGAGUCAGGCAGAGGAGAGGAAGCAGGCAGAGAAGCAGAUAAAGAAUCUGUUAGCAGAAAUGGACCUGGAUUCCUGUGAGGCAGAAAAGACUCCGGUGGACACCAGAGAGAAGCCACUGGGUGACAGGAUGAUGCCGGCAAGACCUCCUCCUCAUCAGUCUUUUCAUGGUGGUGAAGGGGAAGCAGCGGCUAUGGAAGCAGAUCAGGGUCUGGUGUGCUUUGAUGAUGUCACCGUUCGUUUCACAGACGAGGAAUGGGCGUUGCUGGAUCCUGACCAGAGAGCUCUGCAUAAGGAGGUCAUGGAGGGAAAUUAUGGGAUCCUGGACUCUCUAGGUAAUGAUGAAUUAGAAAUGAAGAACGAAGGAGAAAUCCACAUAGAGGAGAAGCCUUAUCGAUAUUUGGAGUGUGAAGAGAGCUCCAAUAAGAGCUCCGAUUUCACUUCUCAUCAAAUAAAUCCCAUUGGGAAGAAACCCUAUCAGUGCUUGGAAUGUGGAACGUGUUUCAGUCAGAGGGCCCAUCUCACUUCCCAUCAUCGAAUUCACACAGGAGAGAAACCGUAUCAGUGCUUAGAAUGUGGAAAGAGCUUCACUCGGAACGAAAGUCUCACUUGCCAUCAGAGAAGUCAUACAGGUGAGAAACCCUUUCAGUGUUUGGAAUGUGGGAAGAGCUUCACUCGGAAGGAAAGUCUCACUUCUCAUAAGAGAAUCCACAGUGGGGAAAAACCUUACCAGUGCUUGGAAUGUGGAAAGAGCUUCCACGCAGGCACAAACCUCCGUCAACAUCAGAGAAUUCACUGUGGGGAGAAACCAUUUCAAUGCCAAGUGUGUGGAAAGAGCUUCAUUAGGAAAAAAGAUCUCUCUUCCCAUCAAAUAAUUCAUACAGGUGAGAAAUCCUAUCAUUGCUUGGAGUGCGGAAGGAGCUUCACCUGGAAGAAAAGUUUCGUUUCCCAUCAAAGAAUUCAUACUGGGGAUAAACCACACAAGUGCUUGGAUUGUGGAAAGAGCUACAGUAAGAGGGCUAAUCUCAUGACCCACCAGAGAAUUCACAGUGGCGAGAAACUGCACCAAUGCUUAGAGUGCGGACGGAGCUUCACCUGGAAGGAAAAUCUCACCUCUCAUCAAAUAAUUCAUACAGGGGAGAAACCCUUUCAGUGCCUGGACUGUGGGAAGAGCUUCAGUAAGAGAGUCAAUUUAACGGCCCAUCAAAAAACUCACAGCGGAGAGAAACCUCAUCAAUGCUUAGAGUGCGGAAGGAGCUUCACCUGGAAGAAAAGUCUCACUUCCCACCAAAGAAUUCAUACAGGUGAGAAGCCCUAUCAGUGCCUGGACUGUGGAAAGAGCUUCAGUCAGAGCGCCCAUCUCUUGGUCCAUCGGAGAAUUCAUUCAGGGAGGAAACCCUAUCAGUGCUUGGAAUGCGGAAAGACCUUCAGUCAGAGCGCCCAUCUCACUGCCCAUCAAAGAACUCACCACAAGGUGAAACCCUAUCAGUGCUUGGAAUGUGGGAGGAGCUUCAUUCGUAGUUCCGCUCUCACUUCCCAUCAGAGAAUUCAUACUGGGGAGAAACCCUAUCAGUGCUUGGAAUGUGGGAAAAACUUCAGCUGGAAGGAAAGUCUCACUUCCCAUCAAAGAAUUCAUACGGGCCACAAACCGUAUCAGUGCUCGGAAUGUGGAAAGAGCUUUCGCCAGAGGGGCGAUCUCACUUCCCAUCAGAGAAUUCAUACAGGGCAGAAACCAUUUCACUGCCAAGAAUGCGGAAAGAGCUUCACACAGAGCACUAGUCUCAUGCUCCAUCAAAGAAUUCAUACAGGGGAGAAACCGUACCAGUGCUUGGAAUGUGGAAAGAGCUUCAGUCGGAAGGACCAGCUCACUUCCCAUGAGAGAAUUCAUACAGGGGAGAAGCCCUAUCAGUGCUUGGACUGUGGAAAGAACUUCAGUCGGAGGGUGAAUCUCACUUCCCAUCAGAGAACUCACACAGGGCAGAAACCAUUUCCCUGCUUGGAAUGUGGAAAGAGCUUUAGUCAGAGGGUGAAUCUCGCUUCCCAUCAGAGAAUUCAUACAGGGCAGAAACCAUUUCACUGCCAAGAGUGCGGAAAGAGCUUCACACAGAGCACUAGUCUCGUGCUCCAUCAAAGAAUUCAUACAGGGGAGAAACCGUACCAGUGCUUGGAAUGUGGAAGAUGCUUCCGUCAGAGCACCUGUCUCGCUUCCCAUCAGAGAAUUCAUACAGGGGAGAAACCAUUUCCAUGUCAAGAGUGCGGAAAGAGCUUCUCACAGAGCACAGGUCUCAUUCUCCAUCAAAUAACUCAUACAGGAGAGAAACCAUAUGAGUGCUUGGAAUGUGGGAAGAGUUUCACUCGGAACAACCAACUCACUGCCCAUCAAAGAAUUCAUACAGGGGAGAAACCCUACCAAUGCUUGGAAUGUGGGAAGACCUUCCGUGAUAGGAGCAACCUAACUACCCAUGAAAGAAUUCACAGCGGGGAGAAACCAUUUCAAUGCCAAAUUUGUGGGAAGAGCUUCACACAGAGCACUGGUCUCAUGCUGCAUCAAAGAAUUCAUACAGGGCAGAAACCGUACCAGUGCUUGGAAUGUGGAAAGAGCUUCAGUCAGAGCACACAUCUUACUUCCCACCAGAGGAUUCAUACCGGGCAAAAACCGUUUCAGUGCUUCGAAUGUGGGAAGAGCUUCAGUCGGAAGGAAAGUCUCAGUUUCCAUGAAGCAACUCACAUGGGGAGCAGCCAGUUAAAUGCUAGUGAUGUGGAAACAGCUUCAAUUUCAGGAGAAGUCUCACUCUCCUUUUAAAACAUCAUACUGGGGAAGGAUACCAGUGCUUGAAACUUCUGCUAAGAUGGAAAAAAAAA